AUGCACGGCGGCGGUGCGUACUUCGUGCACGACAGUCCCGUGCUCGCCGCGAGCCCGUCUUUGCCGAAAAGCCUGCGUUUGAAAACGCAGGUGCCAUCGCUGCACCCCCCCUGGAAGCCACUCGCCCAGCACCUGGUUGAUGCGGCACGGUGCAACACACUAGCAGCGCCAUCAGCGAGCGAUGUGUGCAAGAACAUUGUGCAAAAUACCUUGCUUGUUCGUGAGCGAGCCGAAAAAGGCGUACUUGUACGCAAUUCCGCGCACGUCGCACUUGUACAUACACUCAUGCACAUGCCGCCUGGCAGCGUGAAUUGCGACCUGCUGCUAUCUACGAUGCUCGACACGAUGCUCGAUGCCCUGCGCGAUACAGACGCAUCCCUCAGCCCCGACCUUUUUGCCCACGCUGCCUUUUUGAGCGGCACGCGGGGCAUGCAACGCACGCGUGCGUGGCUGCACCGGCGCCUCACUGCAGGCUGUAUUCCCCCCAGUGCCAAGGUAUGGCGUGCCCUGCUCGAUGCACACGUGCUCCGCCAGGACUGGGCGCGAGUGCAGCAUGGACUCGACGUGUGCUCCGCACAAGGCACGCCGCUCCCAUUGCACACGUACACAGUUGCGCACGUACGUGCGUGUGCUCCUUCGGCGGAGAUCCCUGCCGCAUUGAAUGCCGUGCUCACACGGAUGCGCGCGCAGAGCGCGACGCUCACAGACCCCAUGCUCGCGCAGCUGGUGCAUACGCUUGCGGCGCCGGUGCAUCGAGCAUAUGCGGCCCACGCGCCGUGCAAUGUUGUGUACAGCGUGGCCAGUCCAGUACAAUCGCUCCUGUACGUCUUUUUUAUGUGGUUCAGCGGCGCCGGCCCUGCGCCGCCUGCGUUUGACAACGAAACGCGCGGGGUGAAUGGCACACUUCUCGAUAGCUACCCUAACGCAACCGCGGCGGUCAUCGAGGUGGAGCUCGGGAUCGCAGAGACGCUGCAAGCUGCGUACUAUGCGGGUGCGCGCGCAGAGCGUGCUCCGUAUGCGACGCGUCGCGCGCCGCACAGCGUCACUGGGCCCAUACGGGCGCGGCUAGAGGAGGUGCAGCGUGCGUUGCGUGCGCAUCGCGGCCUGUACGAACAGCUUGCGGUACGCCUCUAUGCGCUCGAGGGUGCACACGAAAAAGCAUCCGCUUUGCUGCGCGAAUGGCUCGCACAAACGGACCCCGCACAGCGCCGCAAUCAGCAGCGCACCGUCGUCGCGCGCUUUGCACACGUGUCUCGGUGCCCGCGGCGAGCGCGGCUUCUCCCGCUGCUCGACCUGCUGCACAUUGCGACGCAUGCAGCGCCAGGCGUGUGGGGCGGGCACGGCGGCGCGCGCACAUUGCCGCGGCUGUGCGUGCGUCUGCUCGGCGCAUGGGCAAAUUGGGCGGGGCACCGCGAUGCAGACAUUGUGCGGAAUGCAUCCACGCGGCACGGCUGGGCGUUUCUCGAUUUACUGCUUGCUGCCCUCGUGGCCGCGUCACGCACGGUGCCAGCGCCGCGCGUUUGGGCGCACAUGUUGGACGAUCCAAAGCGCGUGCGUGCCAUUGUGUGGACUGCAUGCUGCGCGGCGCCACGCCGCGAUGCACCAGAGCGGCUCGCGCGUGUGCAAGCGUGUUUUGCCGCGCUCCGUGUCUCCCCGCGCACGCAGCGGUAUGCAGCGGCGGCGCGCGAUGCGGCCGCAAGAUCGCCGCAAGAUGCUGCUAGCCCAUAG